UGUGGCAUUAUGAUGAUUGCAGCGUAAUGAUGAGCUAAAAUUGGAACUUCGCGCUGAUAGUAGAAAUUUCGAGAAAACUCGAAAAUCGCUUAAAAAACAGGUGAAAUGGCGAGACCAAGCAAAAUCGGAAAUUGUUCUUCAUACUGCAGUACAGCAGAGAUAUCCUACCGAGUAACCUACCGCAGCUUUACCAGAGAGAACGACCGGAAUCCCGUCCUGUUUACGCUACACACUCGCUCAUCGUAUCACCACCACAACUUAGCCUCACAUUAUUUCCAUCGACCAUGGCACCGUCUAAAACCCCAGCUAUCGGCAUCGACUUAGGCACGACGUAUUCCUGUGUAGGUGUCUUCCAGAAUGGCAAAGUGGAGAUCAUUGCCAAUGAACAAGGCAAUCGUACCACACCCAGUUAUGUCGCCUUCACCGACACGGAGAGACUUAUUGGAGAUGCCGCCAAGAACCAAGUUGCUAUGAAUCCAGUGAACACAAUCUUUGAUGCUAAACGUCUGAUUGGCCGUCGGUUUGAUGAUGCAUCGGUCCAAGCAGAUAUGAAACACUGGCCCUUCAAGGUGAUCAACAAACAAGGGAUGCCCAUGCUGCAAGCUGAGUACAUGAAUGAGGCUAAGACCUUCCCUCCAGAAGAGAUCAGCUCCAUGGUGCUGGUUAAGAUGAAGGAGACAGCCGAGGCAUAUCUUGGGCAUAAGGUUACAGAUGCUGUCAUCACUGUACCAGCAUACUUCAAUGAUUCCCAGAGACAAGCUACCAAAGAUGCCGGAGUGAUUGCUGGUCUCAAUGUUCUCAGGAUCAUCAAUGAACCCACAGCUGCCGCCUUGGCCUACGGACUGGACAAAAAACUGCAAGGGGAGAAGCAUGUUCUGAUUUUUGAUCUAGGAGGUGGCACCUUUGAUGUGUCUGUCCUGGCUAUUGAGGAUGGCUUGUUUGAGGUUCUCUCCACGGCCGGCGAUACUCAUCUUGGUGGUGAGGACUUUGACAAUCGUCUUGUCAACCACCUGGCUGGAGAAUUCAAGAGGAAGUUUAAGAAGGACUUGACCACAAAUCCAAGAUCCCUCCGUCGACUGAGGACAGCUGCUGAGAGAGCCAAGAGAACUCUCUCAAGCAGCACUCAAGCAAGUAUUGAAGUGGACUCUCUCUUUGAAGGGAUUGACUUCUACACAUCCAUCUCCCGAGCUCGCUUUGAGGAGCUAUGUGCUGAUCUGUUCCGUCAGUGCCUUAACCCAGUAGAGCGGGCAUUGGUGGAUGCAAAAGUUGACAAGAAUCGCAUCGAUGAGGUUGUGCUGGUUGGAGGCUCCACACGAAUCCCCAAGAUUCAGAAGCUGUUGCAAGAUUACCUCAAUGGAAAAGACUUGAACAGAUCCAUCAAUCCAGAUGAGGCAGUAGCUUAUGGAGCUGCUGUACAGGCAGCUAUCUUGAGUGGUGACCAGAGUGCAGAGGUCAAAGAUGUUCUUCUUGUGGAUGUUACUCCUCUUUCACUUGGCAUUGAGACUGCUGGGGGUAUCAUGAGCAAACUGAUCGAGAGAAACAGCCGCAUCCCAACCAAGACAUCCAAGACAUUCACCACCUAUGCUGACAACCAGCCUGCAGUUACGAUCCAAGUCUAUGAAGGAGAAAGAGCUAUGACAAAAGACAACAAUCGUCUGGGCAUCUUUGAGCUAGCUGGCAUCCCUCCAGCUCCUCGCGGUGUACCCAAGAUUGAAGUCUCCUUAGACAUUGAUGCUAACGGUAUACUCAACGUCUCAGCUAAAGAUGAGAGUACUGGCAAGAGCAACCAGAUCACCAUCACUAAUGACAAAGGCCGCUUGUCCAAGGAAGACAUCGAUAGGAUGGUGUCAGAUGCUGAGACGUACAAGGCCGAAGAUGAGGCUCAAAGAGAACGCGUCACUUCAAGGAACAACUUGGAGAACUACAUCUUCAGUGUGAAAUCAACCCUCAAUGAAGAAGCUUUGCAGAGCAAGAUAGCAGUCGAGGACAAGGAAAAAGCAGAUAGUUCUUUGAAGGAGACUCUAGCUUGGCUAGAUAACAACAAUCUGGCUGAUAAGCAGGAGUAUCAAUACAAACUAGAGGAACUUCAGAAGGUGUGUUCACCUGUGAUGGCUAAGUUAUACAACGCAGGGAAGCCAGAGAACCAGCAGGGUACUGGUGGAGGCUGUCAACAAGGACCUACUGUGGAGGAGGUGGAUUAGAUGCCAGACAUUUUCAAGGCUUGUUUUUAAGCAUAUUUUCUGAUGCUGUUAAAUUUAGAUUCAAUGUCAAAUGUUGAUCUUGUUUUGGCAAAACCAUUCUUCAAUAUCUGAUCGUUGGAAUAUGCUUCAUAAUUGCAGCAAGUUAAUUUAUGUUGUUUAGAGAUGUGUAUCCUAAGGCCAAAAAAAAA